UGCUGAUUCGCAGUGGAAACGAGCGCGCCGUCCUUCCUUGGCGCUGGCGGCGGUUCGAGGAAUGGAGCUGCCGGCCACGCUCUCUAGCGCGCCAGCGAGGUCGCAAGCGCCGGCGGGCGAGGAGGCUUACACGGAUGCUCGGCAGAAUGCGCAGGCGGCGCGGCGGCCGGCCGCGUUCUACAGCUCCGUGUUCGCGCAGAUCGAGGAGAUCGGGUGGGAGCGGGUGGUGAGCGCCGCAGGGGAUGAUGGGGUGUCAUGUCUCACCUUCCGCGUCGUGGAUGAGCAGGGACGGGUUCAUUUACUUGAGAUCACACUGCCCAUGGGCUAUCCUGCAAGUCCCCCUUCAAUAACUGCGGAAGUACCUUACCUGCCAAAAAUACAGUGGUCAAAAAGCUCAAGACUGAAAGAUGUUAUUUGCCAGUUCCAAGAGCACCUGAAGAUAUUACAGGAGUUUUGGUCUAUAAUGGAUGAGAUUGAUAAGGUCCUUUGGGUUGUUGAUCCAACAAAGUCGGCGUAUGCUAUGUCCCAUCGCCGUUUAGCUUUAGGUGAUGAUUGCUAUAUUUUACUACAUGUUGAUCCACGCAAGCCCAGUUCCUUACCAGAGUGUCGCUUCUUGGGUGCAGAUGAAAAACUUGACCGGCUCAUAAUGAAUUGGAGAAAAAAUCGCAGAAGAUGGGAUACAAAGAAGAAAUUUCAUGAAAAUUUAGCAUGCGUCUUGGACUUUGCACUGCCUGCACCACCUUCAGUCAAUAACGUCAAAGAGGACGAGAAAGCUGAUUGCGGGAUAUGCUACGCCAAGCAUCUGCCAGUCGAUGACGAGCUUGGGGCACACAGCGGGUGCGCGACCAACUACACGUGCGAGAACCCCAGCUGCAGCCGGGCAUUCCAUUCGGUCUGCCUGAGAGAUUGGCUGCGCUCCAUCACCACGACCAGACAGUCCUUCGAUGUCCUGUUCGGGAACUGCCCCUACUGCAGCGAUCCUGUUGCCGUCAAGGUCACCAACCAAAGAUCUACAUCAUUACGUGGAUGCGUUCGUCAGAUGGAGAGCGGCGGGGAGGGCGGGGACGAGAAGAGGCAGAGGAGGAGGAGGAGGCGGGGGCGGCCGUGGGCGGUGUGCCUCCCGCGGCCGGGGUGCUUCACGGUCUCCGCCGCGGGCGAGGACGAGGGCACGUCGGCCGCCGGCGCCGACGAGGGGGGCACCAGGCCGACGCCCUCGCAUCUGGUCGUCACGGUCAAUGGGAUCGUCGGGAGUGCAGAAAACUGGCGGUUUGCAGCGAAACACUUCAUCAAGAAACACCCUGAAGAUGUGGUUGUUCACUGCAGUGGGUGCAAUUCAUCUGCUCGAACCUUUGAUGGAGUUGAUGUGAUGGGAAGAAGAUUGGCAGAGGAGGUGACCUCUGUUGUUGAGAAUAGACCAGAGCUUCGCAAGAUUUCGUUUGUUGCACAUUCAUUGGGUGGACUAAUCGCAAGAUAUGCUAUUGCAUUAUUAUAUGAGAGAGAUACACAAAAAGAUUCUCAUGAAGAAUGUGAUAAGAAUGCCGUUGGCAAUCCUAGUAACCAGCAUAGUUCUGGAGGCAAAAUUGCUGGUUUGGAGCCUAUUAACUUCAUCACUUUUGCAACACCACACCUUGGUACAAGAUCACACAAACAAAUACCACUUCUACGUGGUUCCUACAAAUUGGAAAAGAUGGCAUAUAGUUUGUCUUGGAUUGCUGGGAAAAGCGGAAAACAUCUUUUCCUGAAAGAUAUAGAAGAUGAGAAACCACCGCUCCUUCUACAGAUGGUUACUGACUAUGGUGGUCUCCAUUUCAUGUCAGCUCUACGCUCUUUCAAGCGUCGUGUUGUCUACUCCAAUGUCUGCAGUGAUUUUAUUGUUGGCUGGAGGACAUCUUCAAUUCGCCGUCAGCAUGAGCUUCCUGAGCGCCAAAGUUUUAUAAACGAUGGUAGAUAUCCGCAUAUUGUUUAUGUGGAGGAACCGAAGGUUCAGGAAGUUGAAUUUUCGGAUGCCAUGAUUUAUCAGGCAAAAAGUACAAGUGAAAUGGAAGAAGUUAUGCUCAAAGGUCUUAAUAGACUUCCAUGGGAAAGGGUUGAUGUUAGCUUCAAGAAAAGUAGACAGAGGUUUUUUGCCCAUAGCACAAUUCAGGUCAAGACCUAUUUCAUGAACUCUGACGGGGCUGACGUGAUCUUUCACAUGAUAGACCAUUUUAUUUAUUAAGGUGCGUGUACGAAGGUGGUUCCAAAUUCUUUAUUAUCUGGAUGAACUCCGGUCGAAUAGGAACAUGAGGAAAAUAUUCUUUUCUUGUUCUCAAGAAAAGGAUUAGAGAUAUAAGGAAGCAGUAGAACCCAUUUGUAAAGAAAGUGUGUUGGGUCUCUACUCUUCCUGCAAAUUUUGGGCCGCCUAGGUUCUUCUGUCUUAUUUUCCAGACUCCAGCUAGAUAUCUCAGUUGUACUCUCUCUUCUUUUCCAGACUUCAGUCAGAAUCUGAGUUGUACAUGUACUGCUGUAGUGCACCAAAAUAUGUUACCCAAAUGCAAUGAAAUUUGCUGUGCCGUUGCAUGUCCAA